AUUUUCGGGUCAACUCACUAUGAAUCGUUUAAUAAAUAGAUAAGUUUUGAGUCAACCCGCCAACUCACUAAAAUAUAUGUGUAACUUGCCAAUCGUUUCUUUGGUUCUUCUUCAUUGUUAUAAUUUUUUUUAUUUCUCUUUUUCAAUCUUCAUACAUCGAGAUGUGGGUCUUUAAUGUUUUUUUUUUUUUUUUUUUUUUGGUUUUAUUUUGAACAUGAAUUUUUUUUUAAUUAGUCAUCUCUUUCUCUAUUUUUAUUUAUUUAUAUUUUUACCUCGCUAGUUACUAGUUGCUAUCAUUUAGCGGGUUAACCCGAUACGGGACUCAAAAUCCAGAAAUUAAGGGGUUAAUCCGACACACACCUUAAUUAAACGGAUCAGAUUUAGAUUGAGCAUUAUUAACAUGUAUAUGAUCCUCACAAGACAUGACACCAGCCAUUCCCAGCCCUAGUUUGGACUUGGGGGAGAAACAGAAAAAGCUGUUUAAUUUGCUCCUCUGCAACAAACAAUCACUGUUUCUCUGUUACCUCGAAACUACUUACUUGUAAAGUCUUAGAUGUCUGCAACUCCUACCUCCACAGACCCAAAAUCCUAUCACAAAUUUACAAUGGUCUAUACCCCUAUUUCACUUUGCACCCAAGGUUUCAUCACUCAGAGACACAUUCACUCCCUCUUUCUCUCUCUGUCUUUUCGGGAAAUUGGCAAGGCUUCAGACCAACCUCUCUCUGGUGCUUUGCAUGGCAGUUUACAGUCCGAGGUGUACAAUUUCCACUUUUUAUUUAUAUGACCCCAAUUUAAUGCUUUUCUUUUCUUCCCAAAUGCAUGCGCUGUUUAUCUUUUCUGCCUGCCCUUUCUUCAGUUACAGCAAUACUCUGGGUUUGUGAAUCAGGAAAUAUCUCAGCAUUGUUUGUUUUCUAAAUUUAGGCUGAAUGUUUUAAAUUUGGUAUUCUUGUAAUGUUUUUAUAUCACUCUUGUAUUGCUAAUGAUGCUCAUCUAAUACAAAUAUUGGAAAAAAGGAAGCAGGGGAACCCGCAAAGUUCAGUAAUUUUUGCCCAUUAUGAUAUUCAAUGACAAUGUUUAUUCAUAUGAGUACCGUGGAUCAUGCCCAUUUAGAGUAAGGAAAUGGAUUUGUUAGGUUGGAGUGAAAAUUAAAGGUUUUAACUUCUCUCUCUCUCGCUCUCUCACUUUUAUAAAUGUACAUUCGAAGUCCUGAUCUUUUUAUAAUCUAUGAUUAAAGUUAACUAAGGGAUCAAUUAACUCCGAAAUGAUUUUUGCAGUAGCAAUGCAACAUCUAAUUUUAUCUGAAUGAGACAUACUGUAGAUUUCUGUAGAAUGAGUCAUACUGUAGAUUUCUGUAUAAUGAAUCAAUGACUUCAUGAGUUAUAAGCUAUGAAUGUCAAUCUUACUAAUGGAUGCCCAUUGUAUAUGUUGUAAUGAUUUGCUGCCUCUCUUACUAGGACUACAAUUGGUUCAUGCUAAGAGAAUAAUAUCUUUAUCAUGAGCUGUUGGAUUUAUUGUAAGCAACCAUGUAUGAAAAGAAGCAUUUAUUGAAUUAUUCCUGUUUCUUUGUUUUGGUUAGAAAUUAUUUGUGUUUCUUUUCUCAAAGAAAAUCAAGGAAUGUGAUUUGCAAUGGCUUCUAAAGUCAAUGAUCAUGGCUACUGAAGUUAGCAUUGCUCGAUCAUGGAGUUCAUCACUAAAAGCCAAUUAUGCAUUGUUUACAUAAAAGAAGUUCUCUCUUUGGGAUUUGUGUGAGGCCUGAAUACGAAGACACCGGAAAAAUUGAAAUUUAAGUGAUAAAAUAUCAUCAUGAGCACCAUGUCGAACCAGAAGUAAAUGGUCAUGACUAAAUUCUGAAAGAAUUUGCGUACUGCGGGAGCGGGGUAAAUGAGUAAUAUGGAAAUCUAUUUAUCGGUACCCUUUAUUUAUUGGGGUCUCGCUCACUUAAUCUCAUUUCACCUACCACUUGUUGCAAUGCAUGAAGGCUUGAAUUGCCAGGUUGACAGAAACUUUGCUGGUUAAUGCGCUUUAUAAGUUAUCAGUUUCGUUCGCCUUCAUUCAACAAAAAAAUUUCCAGUCUCUUUCCAAAGAGUGGCCUGGAGGGUUAAUCGUAAUCGGCGGAUGCUUUUGGAAAUCUGUCAAAGUGGUAGAAUAGUGGGUUUCUCUUGAAGCAAAAGCCGUUAGAGCGCUUGGAUAAAAGAGUUGUAAGAGCAGAUAAACAAUGGAUAAAUCUGUUGCAAAGUGUAUCCCAAAACUUUCACGGAGGCAGAAUGAUAGUUGGUCUGAUGUGGAAACUGUGGAAGAUGUGCUUGCCAAUAUUCUUUCAAGGCUUCCAGUCAAGUGCCUCAUACGUUCUAAGGCUGUUUCUAGACUUUGGCACAAAUUGAUUAGCAGUCCAUAUUUCACUAAAUUGCAUUUAAUGCGGUCAAGAGAAAAUGUGAUCUAUAUACUUUAUCCUUAUAUGGAUGAUAUAAAAGAAUUGCAUUUGGUUGAUGGUGAUGGGGUAACCACCGAAGUAAUCACUCUUCCUGGUUUUGAAAAUGUUUCAUCUCUUAGUAUGAUUUGUUCCUACAAUGGGUUGAUAUGUUUCACCAUUUACCCCUGGUUUCCUCACUUAUAUAUGAGGCAACCGGUCGAGGAAGACUUGGAAAUCCUAAUCUGCAAUCCCGCUACUCGUGAAAUUCGGUUACUUCCAAGAGGUAGCCCAGCAGAACAGGAACUAGGCAUUGGGGUUGCCUUUGGCCCAGGAACCAGUGAUUAUAGAGUAUUUCGGUUUUUCUCCUCCAUAUUUGAAAAGCCAGUAGUCAGCCCUCAGUGUGAGAUAUUUUCAUCAAGCACUGGAACCUGGAGAGGCAUAGGUUUUGUUCAGCAAUAUCCUAUGGGUGCAAAUCACGUAUUUUUUAAUGGACAAGUUUACUGGUUUAUUGCUUCAGAAGAAGAUCAUUCUACCCCUGGAAGCAUUCUUUCAGUGGAUAUGGAGGACAACUUUAAAACCAUUGAACUUCCAGAAGAAGUCACUGCACACUCCUUCCUAAUUAUUCUGGAAGGUUUCUUAUCGUUAGUUGCUGUCUAUGAUGAUGAUCUAAUUAUGGAUGUAUGGAUGUUAAAGGAUGCAAAUGAAUCUUAUUGGGAGAAGAAGUGCAGUGCUUAUAUUGAACACGCUGUUGAAGAGUGCAUUGACUCUGUAGCUGGAAGGAAUAAUGAAUUUUUUUUCAUAACUACAGAACAUUAUUUUAUCUUUAAUACCGACAGGACUACCUGGGAGCAACUUUAUCUUCAGGAGGGGUUUGGACAGGAUUCUCCUGUUGUUUUUACAUACACAGAAAGCCUUCUCCCCUGUAGCUGAUUUCUGCAUUUUGCAAGAGAGGAGGCAAAUAAGCGAAAAGCAUAAUUUUAGUCAUUUGCUGUUUUGUUUCCAGCUUGACAACAUUUCUGGUGGGACUAUUAUUUGUUUUGAAAUUCUCUCUUUUAUUUUGUUAUUUUACUUUUGGACUUCUAUACUUUUGAGUAACAGAUGUUUAUGUAUGGUUGUGUUGCUUCCUGGAUAUGUUGCCCUGUUAAUUCUACCAUGUGCUUGCUUGUUGUCUUUUCCA